CUCCGGGGAACCGCGGGGCUCGGGGGGACCAUGACAAAGAGGGUGGCCGUGGUGCUGGCUGGCUGCGGGGUGUUCGAUGGCAGCGAGAUCCACGAGGCUUCGGCCGUGCUGGUGCAGCUCAGCCGGGAGGGGGCUCAGGCUGAGGUUUAUGCCCCAAACAUCCCCCAGAUGCACGUGGUGGACCAUGUGAAGGGGCAGCCAACUCCAGAGCAGCGAAAUGUCCUGGUGGAGAGUGCCAGGAUAGCCAGAGGCAACAUCAAGGACCUGGCCACACUGGAUGUCAAGGGGCUGGAUGCCCUCAUCAUUCCAGGUGGCUUCGGGGUGGCAAAAAACCUGAGCACUUGGGCCAGCCAGGGCAAGAACUGCAGCGUGUGCAAGGAGGUGGAGGGGGUGCUCAGGGCGUUCCACGCUGCCCACAAACCCAUCGGGCUCUGCUGCAUCUCCCCAGUGCUGGCAGCCAAAAUCUUUCCGGGCUGCGAGGUGACCGUGGGACACGACACCGAGUGUGAGCAGUGGCCUUACGCCAAGACUGCCGAGGCCCUGCAGGAGCUGGGCUGCAGGCACGUGAACAGCCAGGUGAGCCAGGUGCACGUGGACCAGCAGAACCUCCUGGUUACCACCAGCGCCUUCAUGUGCAACGCCCCCAUCCACCAGGUGCACGACGGCGUGGCCAGGAUGGUGCAGGAGGUGCUCAGGCUGGCCUGAGCCCCUCCUCCUCCUGCAGGGAUCAGCCCCCAGUGUCCCCCUGUCCCCUCAGCUCUGUCCCCACACCUCUGGGGGCUGCUGGGGAGGGAGAGCCUUGCAGUUGUUGUGUUCACUCUGCCAUGAGAUCGUGGAAUGGGCUGGGUUGGGGUGGGAGGGAUCUCUCUCUUUUCUCCCAUGGCAGGGACACAUCUCACUAGCCCAGGAUGCUCCAAGCUGGUCCAGAACACUGCCAGGGGUCCAGGGGCAGCCACAGCUGCUCUGGGUACCCUGUGCCAGGGCCUGCCCACCCUCCCAGGGGGGAAUUCCAUCCCAAAUCUCACCUACCCCUGCCCUCCCUCAGCUUGAGGCCAGGCUCCCACAGGGCUCAGGCUCAGCUGUCCCCCAACCUCUCCCUCAGAGCAGUGAAUUGUCAAAGGAAGGAAACCCAGUUCUGCUACUAAAUGAAUAAAUUUGAUUUUAUACCAUUUAUUAUACUAAAUAAAUGCUUCUACUGAAUUCUGAA